AAAAAUUGAAAAAUUGAUCUUAGUAUCUCUGUGCUCUGUACGCAUAUAUCCAACAGACCGUGAGUAUGAAAACAUUAGGAGCAGCAAUGUAUGGGGAAAUAUUUCGUCUGCUUCAAAUAAUACGAAACACUUCACUGUGAAGAGAUUGCAUGGUGUGAAAAGAAUCACCUUCUCAUAAUAAUAACGAACGUUUUCAUGAAUUUUAUGAAAAUUUUGUAGUUGUGUCUUCUGUUUGUUAGCUUGCAUAUAAAGGUCAACUACAUAGGUUAGCAAAAUGUUCUACUUCUGGAUCCGGCGACAAGUUCGCAAAGUUAUGGCACCUAUACCUGUGCAAAAAGCUCAAUUUUAUACUUCAUUUUUCACGUAUGCUUACAUUUUGACUGGCUGGACGAUAUUCGGAUCAGCUGUUUAUAUAAUUUUUGGUGAGAAGAAGAAGUCUGGAGGAUCCAUGUUUGGGAAAGUUGGAGAGGAAGACUAUGUAAAUCCAGGGUUUUAUUAUGGAAGAAUAUUUAGAGCUGAUAACAUGAAAAUCUAUUCUACUCAAGGAUUUUCUUUAUCAAAAGAUGGAGAGUAUAAAUAUAGUGAAGAUGAUGAAUUAAAUGUUGAUAAGGAUAGUAAAGAAUUCUUUGGUGAAGAAGAGUAGCUAUUUAUGAGAGAUUGAUAAUGUUGUCGUGUUACUGUACCGAAUAAAACCUAAUUCUAGUAUAACAAUCAAAA